AUGAUGUGGAACUUUAUUAAAAUUUUAAUAUUUUUGAAAAUAGUAUUAGCAGAUUCGGAGGAACAUAGUAGUGAAUUAUUACUUGAUAGACCUUUUUGUAAUCCCCAUGAUAGUUGUUCUAAAAAAAAUAAACAAGAAAAUACAUCACUUGGCUGUGGAAGUCAUACUAAAAGCGAAAUUUAUAUGAUUACUGACACUUCAGAAGGUUUAGAACAGACUUUCAGAAAAAUACCAGAGUUUUUAAUUCAAAAAGAAGUUAAAAAUAUUUUUAAAAAUGAGAAGGAACUUAUGGAAACACAGCCGCUUUUUGAAAAAGUAGAGACUUAUCAGAGUAAAGAAAAAAUGAAUGAAACAGAUCUUAGCGGUUUAUAUACAUUUAAAAAGCAAAAUCCGCCAUUUAGUGAACACUUUUCCUGUGUUAUUAAUAGCGAAAGUGAAGAAGAUGAAAGAAUAAGUUUUGAACAACGGCGAAUUUACUUAGGCGAUAACUGCGAUGUGAUUUUAAUUUGUGUGUAUUUUAUUUUAGGAAUAAUUAUUGCAGUUAAAAUGGUUUGUGUUUUUGGACCGGCAAUUUUUGCAUUUUUUACAAGGAUGCUUGCUAUUUUUAAAACUAGAACUAUUUUAAAUCAGUAG